AUGGGAUCUUUAAAUAAAGAAUUAUUUCCCUGCAAUUUCUGCGCGUUGUUUUUAGGUAUAUGGAUGAUGAUAUGGCUGCUGAUAGUGGAAAGAACUGCAAGAGCAACACAUGUGGGUAGUCUUUUUGAAGGUGAAAAAAGUUAUAUUUUCUUCUCUGGUUAUAGGUGGAAUAGCUGGAAUCACUUUGGCUGUAAUGUCGACGAGGUAACAAUCAGAGAAACAGCUGAUGCAAUCGUGUCAACCGGCCUAGCAUAUCUAGGAUAUAAAUACAUAAACAUUGAUGAUUGUUGGGCAGAGCUUAACAGAGAUUCUGAGGGAUACUUGGUCCCCAAGCUUUCGGCAUUUCCAUCAGGAAUCUUUGCACUAGUGUAUGAUGUGCAUAUCAAAGGGCUGAAGAUCGGUAUCUACUCAGAUGCAGGAACUCAGACUUGUAGCAAGACCAUGCCAGGAUCACUUGGUCAUGAAGAGCAAGAUGCAAACACCUUUGCAUUGUGGGUGAGCUAUAUUUUUCCUUAA